AUGUCAGAACGCCAGUACUUUGAGCAUCCACGGUGGCAUUUGCUUCGGCGUAACAAUGCUGCAGUUGGAGGGACCACAUCCGACGUUCCCACGGGAAACCUGCCGAGCGAACAAGGAACAGGAGUCUCGGACGAUGAGAAGAAAAAUGUACCAAAGAGAACCCUUUCGUCGCUUAUGUUACUGGGCAUUAUGUACACUUACACCACCUCUGGAGCCUAUGCAAUUGAGGAAACUGUGAUGGGCGGUGGUCCGCUUCUUACCUUGGUUGUCAUCACAUUGAUUCCGGUCCUUAUGGCAAUGCCUACCGCACUGGUGGUUGCUGAACUUGCGACCGCAAUUCCAUCCAAUGCUGGGUUUUUAAUGUGGGUCAGUGUUUCAUUUCAUCGCGUCUUGUAUUUCAGCAUGGUGAUUCAAUCCCUAUUGCUCAUCUUCAUCGAUAAUGCACUUUAUCCAGUGCUUUUCUCCGAGUACGUAUGCACCACUAUUUCAUGCACAACUGUGGCAAAUAGAGGGUUUCGUGCUGGCAUGCUGUUUGUGACGUACAUAUUGAACCUGACGGGUGUGCGAGCAGUUGGAAUGGUUAGUGUUAUGCUAACGGUCGCCACAAUUGUGCCAUUUGUACUGAUGUUUUCUAUGCACCUUUUUAAAAACAAUUUCUAUUUGAACUGGCCAGCUAUAAGCUUUAUUCCAGCUAAUAUUGAUUGGUCAACCUUUAUUUCCACGGCGUCAUGGAAUCUUUGCGGUUUGGAACAGGUUGCCACAGUCACAGAGGAAGUUAAAACUCCGCAUCGGACAAUUAUUCGUGCGCUUGUGCCACUUUUGGGACUUUGUUAUCUUACAUAUAUUCCACCUAUCUUGACAGGUUCGAGUUCAAAAAAAGGUCCGCCCGACAUAUCCAAAUGGAAGACAGGGUACUGGUCAUAUGUUGCUUACAGCGUUGGAGGGAGCCCGUUACAGGUUUUGCUGAUUAUGGGAAGUUUUUUUUCAGCAUUUGGAAUGAUGAUUUCAUCCUUGUGCACGACAUCGCAAGUCAUCGCUGGUGUUGCAUACACCGAGGUUUUCCCAGGGCCUGUGAAUCGGAUUUUGUACCAGCGCAAUAAGCGUUUUGGCACGUAUCAUUGGACAUUGACAAUCAAUGCUCUGAUCACUGGUCUCUUCAGUGUGUUUCUUGAUUUUGGCCUGCUUGUGAAAAGCGACCAGGUUCUGUAUGGCAUAAGAGUGGUGGUGAUUUUUCUGUCCUUCUUGAUCAUACGACACCGAUACCCGCAUCUAAGCCGUCCAUUCAGGUUGCCACUAGAAGGGUACAAACUUGGCGUGAUGAUUUUUCCGUUGCUUCUCUUUAUGGCACUUACAGUUGUGGCGAUGAUGGAGGACACGCAGAAAGUCACAGUAAAUCUUUUGGUCAUUGGCGGCACUCUUGUGCUGUCUUUUAUUUACUGUUUCUUUAUUCGGAAGGGGGAAUUCUUUGGGCGAGUGGUGACGGAGACCGUUGAAGAACGGGAAGGGGAUUGA